AGGACAUAAAUAACGAAUUUCGUUCCUGGCAGUUACAACCCGGUUUGGAUUCAAAAUAUGUUGUUUCAGUUUCAUCAACUGUCCCUUCACAACCAAUUAAUUAACGUUUGUCCGCCAUCAAACGUAUACAUAACAUACUCAAUUCUUGGAUUCACACAAAUUCCAACAGCACACAAUUUUCAUUCAACCUUUUUGGGUUGUGUAGCAUGCAAGUAAAAGGUUGGAGGAAAGGGUGGAAGUUGGUGUCUCUGAAGAUGAAUUAGAUGCUAGUGAUGCUUGAUAUAUAAAAAAGAUCAAAUAAAAUUGGUGCACCAAAAGUUUCCAGAUGUGGAAGAAGAAGAACAACAAUGACCGGUAAAAGUCCAAUUACUCAACGGACAGCGAGACAUGGCUCACACAAACUGUGCAAAUUUGAUUUAUCGGAUCUAGAAUGGACAAAUAUGAUUCCAGAGUGUCCAACAUACCACCCAUCAGAGCAUGAGUUUGAGCAUCCUUUAGUUUAUCUGCAGAAGAUUGCUCAUGAGGCUUCUAAAUAUGGUAUAUGCAAAAUUGUUUCUCCAAUUGCAGCCUCUAACCCAGCUGCUUUUGUCUUAAUGAAAGAGAAAAAAAAUUUCAAGUUUGAAACAAAUGUACAGCCUCUUCGUCUUUCUAAAUGGAAUGAAAAGGAUAUAAUAACCUUUUCUAUGAGAGGCAGAAAAUAUACAUAUCAUGAUUUUGAGGUUCUUGCAAACAAGGCCUUUUUUAGUAGAUUUCACAGUUCUAGAGACCUUCCCUCUUCUUAUGUGGAAAAGGAAUUCUGGCAUGAGAUGGCUCAAGGAGAAAAAGGAACAGUUGAGUACGGAGUCAAUGUCGAAGGUAGUGCCUUUUCAUGUGAUCCUAAUGACAGGCUUGGAACAAGCAAAUGGAAUUUGAAGAAUUUUUCACAGCUUCCACAAUCCCUGAUACGUUUAGUUGACAGGGAAAUUCCCGGAAUAACUGAUCCUAUGCUUUACAUUGGGAUGCUGUUCAGUAUGUUUGCGUGGCAUGUUGAAGAUCAUUAUUUGUACAGCAUAAAUUAUCAUCACUCAGGUGCAAAUAAAACUUGGUAUGGCGUGCCUGGCUAUGCAGCAUCACAAUUUGAAAAGACGGUCUUACAACAUGUGUAUUGCAAUAAGAUCAUAACAAAACAUGGAGAGGAUGGAGCUUUCAAGUUUCUAGCACAAAAAACAACCAUGUUCCCACCAAAUGUCAUGUUACAACAUGAUGUGGCAGUUUACAAGGCUGUACAAAAGCCAGGAGAGUUUAUCAUCACCUUUCCUAGAGCAUAUCAUGCUGGAUUUAGCCAUGGUUUUAACUGUGGAGAAGCAGUAAACUUUGCAAAUGGAGAUUGGUUUCCACUUGGGGCUGCAGCUAGCAGGCGUUAUACACAUCUCAAAAUGAUGCCUUUAAUUCCAUAUGAGGAACUUCUUUGUAAAGAGGCAAUGUUGGUUUUCAAGUCCUCAAGAGUCAGAAGUUCCAAGAACAAACCUGAAGACACAACAUCUUAUCAAGCUAUUAUGCUGCCUUUCAUGCAUCUUAUGCAAUCUUAUAAGACCUCCCUCUUGCGACUGAACAGUUCAAGAAAGUUGCAUAGUUCUUCAAAUACAACAGGUUCUCAGAUAUGCAGCCUUUGCUACAGGGAUUGUUAUGUAGCUUAUUUGUUGUGCAAGUACUGCUUUUCUCAUCCAAUUUGUCUUUUCCACGACAUUGCACCACAGACUUGUUUAUGUGGGAGAGAUUAUACUAUUUUCAAAAGGAAUGACAUUUUCGCACUGGAAGAAGCUGCAAAAAGUUUUCAACAGGGAAAAGAAUGUGUUGACAAAUUCUCUCUAUCAAGUAUAUUCUCCUGUAACAUAAAUGAUUGCAUCAAAGUUCCUGAGAAUAAUCCUUGGCAGAGAGAAAAAAGUGUAAGAGGUACUAGUUUUCUAGGGGUUGCAUCUAAACCGAAAACAAAAGUGGCUGACAGCACCAAGCACAGUGAUGAAAGGAAUAAGUCAACAACGAAGCAUUGGAGAAACAAUGGGCUUCCAUCCGUGAGGGGUGCCGAAAGGCCAGGAAUCAUUUAUAACUUGAGAAAACGCAAAUCAAAAUUGAUUUAGUUGCAGCAGUAACUUCCUUGGGCAACUUCUAACAAUUGAGUCUGAAAAAAUAAAAUAAGAUAUUAACCUUCUUUUCUCAAUUCACAGGAUAGCCACUUAUCAAAUUGAGACAGAUUUCUCCUGAUUCAUCUGUUGAAAUAUACAUUAUUUAAAAGUAGUUUAACCUUUUCAUUCUUUUUAUAUAGUAUUAUUUCUGGAAUUUGUUAAGGGAAUGAACAAUAUGUUGAAAGUCUUUGUUCUCAAACAUAUUGU